CUUGAUAUCAAUCCCAUUGUGCAAGGAACCAUAUCAUUCAUUCCUGAGAACCAACCAAGAUCCCUAGAGGACAUACUAUUAUCCAUGGGACCUUUACAAUUUGAAUACCCUUAAAAUGAGCGAUACUUCUAUGCAUACCCUGAACCAGACCCAAGGAGGAAAGAGCAAGGUUGUCAAACCUGACCUCUACUUUGGAGACCGCAACAAGCUUGAAGAUUGGCUUCUUCAAUUCGAUUUGUUCUUCAAGUUCAAUGAUGACGACAUCAACAACGAUGACAAAGCCUCCUUGGUUGCCUUAUACAUGAGAGGACAAGCUGCCAAAUGAGUCAAACCAUACCUUAUCAAAUAUAUGGACGACAACAAUGAUGACACUGAGAUCACCUACAUGUUCGAAGACUACUCGGUCUUCAAGGGAAAGAUUCGCCAA